AUGCAGGCUCUCUUCCGCAAAGGCACCUCGCUCUUCAGCCCCACCCCGACGGACUCGUCCCCGGAGCCGGGGCAGACGCCAGAGCAGAGCACCCCCGUCACCUCGACCGAAGACUUCUCGAAAGCGCCGUCGCAUGACGCCCUGUUCCCCAAAACCGACCCCGCCGUCGACGGCGAAGACUGUCGGCACGACUGCGCCUCCUGCACGGUGCGGUACCCGGCCAAAUUCGACGUCGACCAAGAGGACGAGGUGUACGGCAACGUGGGCGGGUGGGCGACGCAUCUGCUGGUCGCCACCGGCAAGACGGACUGGGUGCGCGACGUGGCGGACGAGUCAGGAAGUGUGAUGGAAGCCAUCGAGAAGGGAGGAAUCGAGCCGAAUAACGGGAAACUCAAACUCUCGGCCUCCAAUAUCCCCGUCCCUGAUGAAUAUCACUACCAUGAGCCCGGCACACAACCCACCACCGUGCUCCUGCUGCCCAGCUUCACCAUUGUCGAUCACGUCACCCCCGCCCUGGCCCCGGAUCUCAUCACGCACUUUGUCAACCCCGCGCCCACAACCACCACGCCGUUGGCCGGCGUAGAGGACGUCUCCUCGCCAACGGAGAAGAACCAGGCCGCCGAAUCCGAGCCGGCCGUCCCCGCGCCCCAAACCCCUCUGCGAUCGCGCGCCUCCCCGCAUGCCGCCGUCAUUCUCCUCUGCUCGCAACGCACCCGCGACGCGCGAUGUGGCCAAUCGGCGCCGCUGCUGAAGCGCGAAUUCGAGCGGCACCUGCGGCCCCUGGGGCUCUACCGCGAUCUGGACGACGAGCGACCGGGCGGCGUGGGGAUUUACUUCAUCAGCCACGUCGGCGGACACAAGUACGCCGCCAACGUGAUCGUGUACCGCAGACGGGACUUCGAAUGGUAUAAGAAGCAGGCGAAAGAGACCGGGGAGACGGCUCCGCAGCCGGACGAGGGUGCGGCGCAGGGGAUCUGGCUGGCGCGCGUGAGGCCGGAGGACUGCGAGAACGUGAUCCGGUACACGGUGCUGCAGGGGAAGGUGGUGAAGCCGAAGGAGCAGUUGCGCGGCGGAUUCGAUCGCGAGAGAGGGCUGAUCAGUUGGUGA